AUGGCGUCUCCAAUGCUCGGCGGCUCGCCGGCCCAUUCAGAGAGCUUCUCUAGUCUCAAUUCCCCUCCCUCGACCUCUCCAAUCCAAAGGAAACCUCUCCCGCACCAUGUUGAUCUGAUUCCGGGCCCUGUUCACCCCUCCUCUCCCCUUUCGAUCGAGGGAGAUAAACCCACCCCCAUUCCCUCGGCACCCGUGGAUAGACCACCAUCCCCUUCAUCGGCGGAUGGAGACUCAUUGAUUGAGAUCCCAAAGAACCCGAACAGAUACUCCCGUGGCCGACAAUCCGAGCCUCUACAUAUCGACACCUCUGCCUCCCGUCAGGGCUCCGCCUCCUACUUAAGAUCCGUGCUCGAAGACGACGACGACGAUUCAGACGAGGCCAUCGAUUACUUUGACGAAGAAUACGAACACCAGUUCACGAAUGGAACCCCUCUGCACAGCCGUCUAGACAGCGAACCAUUCAUCCCUGUCCUCAACUCCCCCCCUCCCACGAAACGGUUGUCGAGGCGGGCGACGAGUAUGGCAUUGCACCCACCGUUGAAUCGGCCCCCACCAUUACAUAUUGACGUGGAUCAUCGGUCAGUAUCAAUGUCGAUGGGCGCGGGAGAUCCGAGACAGCCCAAGACCCCUGGAAAGAAGAUCAGCUCGUUCUUUGGCUGGAAAGCAGCAAACAAUAAUCAUAAUACGGCGACGUCGCCGGGAGGCGAAUCCUCCAGUACCGAGAUCUCUGAUUCGGGGCGAUCAGUAAUGCCAUCUCCCAUGCCCCCGUUGGCGAACGUCCCCUUCAAAUCUCCUCCUUAUGAUACCAAGACCAAUGGCUAUGGAGGAUCUAGGCGAACUCCUUCAACUGGAUCCUCAAUCUUAAAGGAGAAUAUAUAUGCAUCCAAGAUGGCAGACAUUGAGAAUGAACUACGGGACAUAAGCGCUGAGUUGGCGGGGUCUAUCCGUCGAGAAAUGGAUCUAGAAGAUCUAGUGGAAAGGCUACAAUCAGAAGGCCCGGAUGCCAACCGUCGGACCAGUGACUAUUUCUCAGAUUCAGGUACUAGUUCCGUGCGGUACGCCUCCGACGCCGGAAAAAGUGAAGACAUUGAAAAGAUUCGCCGGGCUGGAGAGCAAGAGCGCGCUCAGCUGAAGGUUGAAUUAUCCCAGAAGUUACAGGAGGAGCGCUCUAAACGGCUGGCCUCCGAGUCACACGUCCAAAUAUUGGAAUCACAAGUGCAACAGCUUCGUCGCGAGCGAACUGAUCUGUCUGAUCUUUCCUCUAAAACAAAAGAACUUGAGACAGCCUUGGAGAACACCAAGCGCAAGUUGCUCGAAGAGCGACAGUCCAAGGAUAACUUUGAGGAUCUACUAACAGCAAUGCGAGUAGAACUCGAGCAACUGCGUAACGAUCGAGAUCAACUCCGCGAUGGCAGCCGAAUGGCAGAGGAAAUCGAGGCUCUCAAGAUUGAGAACGCUUCUUUGGCCCAACUCCAAGGUGGUCGAUUUGCUUCGAUUGCCGAAGAAGGUAGCUCGCCCCGAAACUCGGCCUUUGGACUCUCGCGGUCGAACUCUCUCGCCCGCAAGCCGAGCGGUCUGGCGCGCUCCGGUUCGCUCUCGAGAUCGAACUCGGUCUCUAAUAAUAAGGGUGUCAACUCACCCGAAACGCGCGAGUCAUUGGUGGACAAAGUGCAGGACGUUGAAGUCCAGCGCGAUGCUCUUCAUCAGACCUUGCGAAGCCUGCUCGAGCGCCAAGCAUACCAGGCUCGCGAUUACGAAAAGCGUACUCGCAUGCUGGAGAUGGAGCUGGCUCUUGCCCAGGAGCAAUCAGAACAGCCACGAAAGCUGGGCUAUAAGAGAGAUGUGUGCAUCCUUCGCGAUGAGGUCAAUGUUCUUCGCAUGCGCGCUGAGGAUGCCCUCGAUGGCAAGUGGCGGAGUGAGAAGAACCUUGCGGGUCUCAAGAUGGACUUGGAUCGAGCGGAGCAAGACACCAGUUCCCUGCGCGCGCUUUUGCAAGAGGACACUGCGGCAGCGGAGUUGGCCGCCGGUCAAGAAGCCUUCUCCAGCGAGACAGCUAAUUCCUCUUCCCUGCAAUCGGCAUUCCAGCAAUUGCAGGCCGACAGAGCUAAUGCCGAGACCAACGCUGAAGCAUCGGAUGAGCUUUCUGCAUCCCUGCAGCGAACAGAGAUCCUUGGCACCAAGGUGAACUACCAGCUGCGCACCAAUGCCACUGUCCAUGCGCGCUUGGAAGAGGCCAUCAACAAAGGUGAUCAAGACCAGCAGGUCUCCGUCGAUCGGAUCAACACCUUGCAGAGCCACAUGAAAGAGCUAGAAGACGACCUUUUGGCUGCCCAGCAACAUUCCGAAGAAGAAAUGGGCAAGCACGAAGAUGAGAUUCGUGUCAUGCAGGAGAGCCAGAACGCUCAACUCACUCGCAUGAAGAAUGGUGGCCGUGCCCUCAUCAGCCUCUCACCCCGGCCACCCAACGCACCAUUCGACACCCGCUCCCCGCGUCUGGACCAGACCACCAGUGGCGAGGGUGUUCCCCUGGCUGUGGUUGUCCAGGCCGAGCUGCUCGAGAAACGAGUCAAGGCUCUCGAGAAGCUCCUCCGCGAUGCGGAUAUGGAGAUGGAGCAAGUACUCGGACGAAUGAACCGUACGCAACUCGACGUCGCUCAACUCCAAACUGACAGAGAUGAAGCUCUCCGCCAGACCAGCGAGCUCCAGUCUGAGAUUGGAGCCGAGCGUGAUACCCUCAAGGGUCUCAUCAACGCUUAA